AUGGAUUCCAUGAACUCGUUCAAUGGAAACGGCAAGGUGGAUGAGGUGGAGCAACAAGCAUUCAAGAAGAAGACACGCAAGCGUCUCAUCAUCCUCGCCGUCUCCUCCAUAGUGCUCGUCGCCAUCAUCAUUGCCGCCGUUGCAGGGACCGCCCAACAAACCUCUUCCUCCGCCGACAAAUCCGCCCCGGCGUCCUCUCUGAGAGCGGUAUGCAACGUAACACAGUACCCCAAUUCCUGCUUCUCAAGCAUCUCCUCACUCCCCAACACCAACACCAUGGAUCCUACUCACCUCUUCAACCUCUCCCUCCGCGUUGCGACCAAUGCCCUCUCCAACCUCUCCCCUUACCUUUCCAACCUCCAACGCAACGCCAGCGAUUCACGCCUGCAGAAGGCCAUCCACGUCUGUGAAAUGCUCCUCCAAGAUGCCAUCUCUCGCUUCAACGAUUCAAUCUCCUCCCUGGUUGGCGCCCAAGACCUCCUUCCUGCGACCAAGGUCAACGACAUUCAGACUUGGCUCAGCGCAGCCAUAACCGACCAAGACACUUGCUUAGAUGCUCUGCAGGAGUUGAAUUCAAGCGACGCUAACGCCAUUCUUUAUGAUUUGAAAACUGACAUGAAGAACUCCACGGAGUUCGCCAGCAACAGCUUGGCCAUUGUCACUAAAAUUCUGGGCCUGCUCUCCAACUUCAAUGCCACAGUCCACCGGAGACUGCUCGGGGGUUUCCCGGAGUGGAUGGACCGGAGGCUGCUGCAGGAAAGCCACGUGACGGCGGAUGCGGUGGUGGCGAAGGACGGGAGCGGACAGUAUUCGACGAUAACUGAGGCGGUGGAGGCGGUGGAAAAGAGGAGCGAGAAGAGGUUCGUGAUAUAUGUGAAGGAAGGGACUUAUGAGGAGAACAUUGAUUUGGAUGCGGAUACUUGGAAUGUCAUGAUUUACGGUGAUGGCAAGAGUAAGACCAUCAUCUCCGGUAGCCGGAACUUUGUCGACGGCACCCCCACUUUUCAGACUGCCACUUUCGGUGUGAAGGGAAGGGGAUUCAUCGGGAAGGACAUAGGAUUUGUAAACAGUGCAGGUGCAGAGAAGCAACAGGGCGUGGCAAUGCUAUCUGCCUCGGAUCGCUCAGUGUUCUACAGGUGUUCAUUCGAUGGUUUCCAGGAUACUCUAUAUGCCCACUCGAACAGACAGUUCUACCGUGAGUGUGACAUAACUGGAACCAUUGACUUCAUUUUCGGGAAUGCAGCUGUUGUGCUACAGAACUGCAAUAUCAUGCCAAGACAACCCUUAGCAAACCAGUUCAACACCAUCACUGCUCAGGGCAAAACCGAUCCCAACCAGAACACUGCCAUUGUAAUCCACAAGUCCUCAAUCUCUGCGCUCCACGAUCUUCAGUCUCCCACAUACCUUGGUAGGCCUUGGAAAGAUUACUCCACAACUGUUAUUAUGCACUCUGAUAUUGCCUCUUUCGUGAACCCCGCCGGCUGGACAAGCUGUUACCCCAACGAAGACCCUCCAAACACUAUACUAUAUGCUGAAUACCAAAAUACUGGGCCGGGAUCAGACACUUCACAGCGUGUUAAAUGGCCCGGUUAUAAGCCCGCUCUCACAGAAGAAGAGGCAGGGACAUUCACCGUCCAAUCCUUCAUCCAAGGCCCUGAGUGGUUGCCGGACGCUGCUGUCCAGUUUGAGCCCACCUUGUAA